AUGGUCACCACGGACACCAUGAGCUCCACCAUGGCCACCAUGGUCACCACGGACAUCAUGAUCUGCAUCAUGGACAUCACCAUGGUCAUCACCAUCCUCACCACCAUGAGCAUCAUGGACACCACGACCACGGAUAUGGCCAUCAUCACGGACAUGGUCACCACGGUCAUCAUGAGCUGCACCAUGGCCACCACCACGGCCAUCACGAUGGUCAUCACCAUGGACACCAUGGCCAUCACGGUCACCAUGAUCUCCAUCAUGGCCACCAUGGUCACCACGAUGGUCAUCACCACGGCCAUCAUCACGGACAUCACGAUCAUGGCUACGGACACCACCACGGACACCACGACCACGGAUAUCAUGGGCAUCAUCACCAUGAUGGUCACCACCACGGACACCACGACCACGGCUACGGACACCACCACGGACAUCACCAUCACCCCCACCACCACAGCCACCACCACUCCCACGGCCAUCAUUAAGGAUCCGCUGUACAAACCUGUAUACCACCACCUCUCACCUUUUCAGGGCCUGCAGCUGUGCUUU